GGCCUGAACACGUGCUAACUCCUCCCGCCCUCCCCCAGCCUCCUAUAUAACAGCGAGACACCGGUAACCUCAACACGGAAGAAACUCAACAGUUUCAGGUGUAUCUGUCAGCAACUGAUCAUGAAGGCUGUAGCUCUCGUUCUUGCUUUGGCAGUCAUCACUGUCAGCAAUGCCCGUGUGGUACCCCAGGCCGAUGCCACUGCAGACCGCUGGGUGGAGACCGUGGACCGCUUCUGGCAGUACGUCUCCGAGCUGAACCAGAAGGCCGAUGGAGUCGUGCAAACCAUCAAGACCUCGCAGCUCAACCGGGAGCUUGACACCCUGAUCACAGACACCAUGGCAGAACUGAAUACGUACAAAGAAGACAUCCAAACCAAGCUGACUCCAUUCGCAACAGACUCCACAGGCCAGCUGACCGCUGACCUGCAGCUGCUGGGCAACCGACUCCAAAAGGACAUGCUGGAUGCCAAGGAACGCAGCACCGUCUACCUGGGUGAGCUCAAGGCCAUGAUGGAUCAGAACUCUGGCGAUGUGCGUGGCCGCAUCAACGCCUACACCAACAAGCUGAGGAAGCGCCUCAGCAAGGACACCGAUGACAUUCGCAACACCGUGGCCACCUACCUAAGUGAACUCCAGUCCCGUACCUCCCAGAACAUGGACACCGUGAGGCAGCAAGUGCAGCCCUACAUCCAGCAGGCUGGCGAUAGCGCUUCCAAGAAGAUAAUCGACCUCUCUACCGUGCUGAAGACCCAGGCUGAAGGUCUCGGCCAGCAGCUGGAGACCCAGGCCGAGGGCCUCAAGACCCAGCUGGAAGCCACUGCCGAGGAGCUCCGUACCUCCUUGGAGGGCAAGAUCGACGAGCUGACCGAGCUCUUUGCCCCGCUCGCCACCCAGAUCCGUGAGAAGUUCGACACCAUUGUCGAAACGGUCAAGGAGGCUGCCACGGCCUAAUGAGUGACACUUUAAGGGAAAGAAGAGAGGUGGUUUCCAAGGCCUUGGUAGAAAAGGAGGAGGAAAUUGAGAGUUACUGAUUCCAUCUUCACUUUUGAUGCUCUCCAGUGUCAAGUUCAGAAGAGAGUGUUUCUCAUUCUUGUAAAUAAAUAUUCACUGAGUGGGCCUUACUCUAAUGCAACAAAAUGUCUUUCGUUUCAAGUCUUUCAUUUCAAUAAACACUUUUUCCUCACCCACUCGAAGUCUCUAUGACUAUGGGAUGCAAUAAUGACAAUCAGCCACUAGGUAGCGCUGCCUUGCUUGUUUGUGCUAUGUAACUUUUCCAGCAAGUCACAUUGUAUAACGGCUUCUGCUCUGUGGCCAGUAAAUAAAGUCAGAAAAUUG